UACGCCAGAGGCACAAGUCCAAGCACAUCGCAGCCAUUCAUUCCACAAUUGCAAGAGGGCCCCUGUCAGGCCGCAAUCCAUCACCUGCAACACGGAGGGAGGGGACGAAAAAGCGACUACUGUCUCCCUCACCGCACACACGCAUGCCCUUGCUCCUACAUGAUAUCCACCUCCACACAGGCCUCACAUAUCCACCAAAUUACCCGCUUUCUCUGGUCUGAUCCUGCGCCCGGCUGGCGACGUGCAGUUAAAGAGAGAGCCUUGGAAGCCCAAACGCCCGCCAGCAAAAGAAUUCAAACCGAGGGAGGCUGGCCAAGAAAACGACCACACGUACACCUCAUUCGAGACGAAAGACGAAGACGCAGACAUCGGCACCAACAAGAGCCUCAAACUCAUCUACUCAAGCUCGGUCGAGCUUCCAUUUUCCUCCCACCCUUGGUUGUGAGCAGUAUCUGCGCCAAGUACCUUAUACGACAAGGGACACGGCACGGCACAUGGCAUGAACAAUAUUUGUCACAGGCAUUAGAAACCAUCGACAUCGUAAAGGAGGAAUCAACCAUGGCGAGUUUGGGUCGAUCAUUCAAACCGCCAGCGUACUUGCGGGCGCGGUCCCGACCUGCAAUGACUGGAAGAACCUUGUCCAACUCUUCAGAUAUAUCGGUGGUCUCGACAGGAUCUCGCUCCGACGCCGACGACCUGCUCAUGUCCGGGCUCAAUACGCCAGCGCACGAAAUUUCAAAGUCAGGAGAGGAUGGGUUCAAAAUGCCAACGGCCCCCGACUUGUACUCUCCCAAAGUGGUUACUUCUCGUUCCACGAAGAUCUCAAGGGUUCUACCUCACGCCCUCAAUCCACCAGAACCGAAGGUCGACUGCCUCAGCAUAAGGCCUCUUCUCUCACUGUCGAUUCCUCCUUUCAAGCCGACCUCCGUGGCGCUUCCCGAUCUGCAGCCAUGGCGCCAUCAAUCCACCUCUCCCCCAUGAGCGCUGUCGACGUUUCAGGACCAUCCAGCGUCAACACACCUGUCACUUCGUACCUCCCCAGCGGCGUUCACGAUACAUCCUUGCCAAUGGGCAAGUACUACCCUUCGAACUACGAGCAGAGCAGUAGCCAAGACGGUCGCAUAGGGGCUUCCGGGCCUCCGAGCCGUGUAUCGUCAACAA